CCCUUCACGACGCUGUCUACCAACCUCAUCAAGGGAGGCAACGCCGUCAACACUGUCCCAGCCGAGUGUGAGUUCUCCUUCGAGUUCCGCAACCUUCCACAGGACACUGCGGCCACAAUCGACGGGCGCCUGCGAUCAUACGUGGACAAUGAGCUGCUUCCAGCCAUGAGAGCGGAGCUUGCGGAUGCCAGUAUUGAGAUCUCCGCGGUGGGUCCAGUACCGCCCUUUGAAGCGAAUGAGGAGUCAGACAUUGUUAAGCUCGCACGUGCACUCACAGGGGAUAAAGCUGUGCGUAAGGCUGCUGGUUGCACUGAGGCAGGGUAUUUUGAUGGUAUUGCAGGCAUUCCUACAGUGGUAUGUGGUCCCCUCGGUGAUGCAAUUCACUGUGCUAAUGAGUACGUAACUGUUUCACAGAUGGAGAAGUGUCGUGAUUUCCUGCUGAAAGUAGCGGAAAGCCUCAAGUUCUCUUCCGCACAUCUGUAA